AUGAUGUCAAUCAUAUCCAAAGUGCUAAGCACACUAUCAAUACUUCAGUUGGUACAUUCAGGAUUCUCCAGCUUUGAAUUUUACCAACUAAAGAAACAAUUAAGCUUAAUCGAUGGGCUCCAACAAGAUAUUACCUUACCGUAUGACAUCCAGUUAGAAGUACUAUGUGGCCUUCUACUUUUCACACUGAGCGUAUUCCUAUCCUUCGAGAAACUAAAGUAUAUUCCAUUGGUGCGGUCUAGAGAAUUGCUUACUCAAAAUCAGUACUUGCAGGAAAUCCAGAUGAACAAGGCUACAAAAAAGGACAACCUGAUAGGCAAUGAUCCCUUUGGAGAAUUCAGUUGUAUGCCAUCUUUCAUUAAUAUCCAUAGGAAGCGAAAAGAAAUAAGAGACUACUUAUCCAUCAAGGAAGUAGAAAAGGAGUAG